ACAAUCAACAAACGACAGCGCUGUUGACGUGCGUAAAGUGAAAGUGUCACGUCGGCCAAUUCGCUGUCAGUAAUAUUUUUGUUCCGAUAUAAUUUCUUAUUGGCUGCUUAUUGGUACGGAAAUAACGCUAGUUUUGAAAAAGUUAUUGCCGGGAAAAAUGGGUGUUAAGCCUGCAAUUGGAAGAAAAUCUAACAAAAGCCCACCUAUAUUUAGCCAUGAAUUUGUGAUCCAGAAUCACGCAGAUAUAGUAUCAUGUGUGGUUAUGGUUUUCCUGGUUGGACUGAUGGUUCAGUCGACGAGUCCCAUCGCUAGUUUAUUCAUCAGUCUGCACCAUAAUGUCAGUGGCGUUGAACCCUCGAGAGAAAAUCCUAAGGGUGAGCCUUUCUCGUACGAAGCGGGUUGGAAAGAUUCCUGCGCGGUGUUCUUCUACUCGCUCGUGUGUAUCGUGAUGCAUGCAAUCCUUCAGGAAUACUUCUUGGACAAAAUAUCAAAGAAGUUCCACUUGUCAAAAUCAAGAUUAAGCUCGCUGAAUGAGUCUGGUCAGCUGGUUGUGUUCCAUUUGGUGACCUUGCUAUGGGGAGGUGAUGCUAUUCUCCGAGAAGGAUUUGCAUUCAACAUUUCACAGCUGUGGGAUGGCUACCCUAACCACCCAAUGAGUUUCCUGCUGAAACUGUGGUGGAUCGUCCAGGCUGCAUACUGGAUCCACACUCUCCCCGAGCUGUACUUCCAACGCAUCAAGAAGGACGAGUGGGCCGGCCGUAUUCGCCAAGCUCUCAUCGCAUUCACUUUUGUAGCGCUGGCUUAUGGCUUCAAAUUCCAGCGUGUUGGCGUCAGCUUGGUUGUCCUGUACUCCCUGGCCGAGUUCGUGUCACACGCCUACCGCCUUAACGUCAUCCUGAGGGGCGAGCGAGAGGACUUCAUCGAGAAAUUCGGGCGGCUGGUGAACGGCGCGGUGUUCGUGCUGGUGCGGCUGGCCUCGCUGGUGCUGGGCGUGCUCACGUUCUACUUCGGGCUGGCCGGCGCCGCGCCGCUGCUGCUCCGCGUCGGGGCGCUCUCGCUGCUCGUCUCCUUCCAGGUAUACCUCAUGUUCAACUUCAUCUCUGAAGCCAUGAAGCAGAGGCAAGAGUCCCGCCAGCUGGCUCUGAACAGGCCGAAAAAGGAAAAGAAAGACAAACCUAAAAAGGAAAAGGUAAAGAAAGCGCCCGUCGAAGAAUCCGAUCUGCCGGAGGUGGAUCAAAACACGAACAAAACUCUAAGGCAGCGACAAGUCGCCGCCGCCGUCAAGGCAAAAUGAAGCCCUCUCAGUAGCCCAUAGACCUGCACUUCCGAACCGACACGCCCAACGGCCAUUACUGCAUAUUCUGAUAGCAUU